AUUAUAAAUGCCAAAGGUAGUUGAUAGCUAUGUUCUUGAGAGAAGUAUAGGAAAAGGAUAAUUUGGCGAGGUGUUCAAAGGAUAUAAUAAGCAAACAAAUGUUGACAUAGCAGUGAAAUGCGUAAAGAGGUGUUAAAUAUAUCAAAUUAUUAGGGAACUGCUAAAAGGGAAGUUUACAGAGUUGUUAGAAAAUGAAAUAAAAGUGCUGAGGACUUGCAAUAAUGAUAACAUUAUUAAGUUAUAUGAUAUAAAGAAGACAGCUAACAACAUUUAUUUGAUUAUGGAAUACUGCAAUGAAGGUGAUCUUUCAUGUAAUAAUAAUUAUCAUUUAAAUUUAGAGUACAUAAAAUAGAAGAAAUUUUUACUAGAAGAAGAAGCAGUUGAUUACUUACUAUAGAUUCUAAAUGGCUUUAAAACACUUGUUAAGAAUAAAAUAAUGCAUAGAGAUUUUAAAUUGGCAAAUAUCCUAAAGCAUGAUGGCAAUAUAAAAAUAGCUGAUUUUGGAUUUUCUAAACUUUUGAAUGACAAUCAAGGAUUUGCAACUACAAUGUUAGGAUCUCCUCUCAAUAUGGCUCCAGAAGUACUUAAUAGUUAAGAAUAUGACAAUAAGGCAGAUAUAUGGUCUAUUGGUACUUGUUUUUAUGAACUAUUAUUUGGAAAGUCUCCAUUUACAGCUAUUAAUAUGGUGGAAUUAUUAAAAAACAUAUAAACUAAACAAUUUGUUAUUAAUAGAAAAGUGAAUAAUAUUUCCCCUAUUGCAGAAGAUUUAUUAAAAAAAAUGCUUGUAGUAAAUCCUAAAAAUAGAAUAUCUUGGGAAGAUCUAUUUAAUCAUGAAAUAAAUUUCUAUCAAGAGGAAAAGUUAAAAAAAGAUUUAGAAACAACACUAAAAGGUGGAGAAUUAAUGAUGAAUAUGAGUAAAUUCUAUAUUAAAAAUAAUAUGGUUAUUGAUCAUCCAGCAGAAAUUAAAAAAAAGGAAGAUUUAAAUAAUUUUGCUAUGUAAGUAGCUUAAAAGGGUCCUUAAAAUCAAUAAUAAUAAUAUGUAGGACCUCUAUUAAAGAAACCACAAGAAGAAAAUAAUCUUGCUAGAUAAGAUUCAGCUAAAACUGUUUAAAGUACUUAAGGAGCUGUUUAAGAUAUUGGUAAUGAAGAAGUUACUGAUAAAGAAACUUAAAGAGAAAAAGAAAUUAAAGCUAAAAAAAGAAAUGCUAAUAGAAUUUUACAUGAAAGAAAUAUUUAUGUAUUUCUUGCAUCUGUUGCUGAAGAAGCUAUGAAUAAUUAAACUAUUCAAAAUUAUGAUGUUACAGGCUUCUUACUUGUUAAGAAAUUAUUAUAAUUAAUUGAUUUCCUUAAAACUAUUCUAUAAGAUAAAUAAAAUUGUUAUGGAUUAGAGUAAUUUAUUAUUUAUAUUAAUAUUAUAGAUUUUGGGAAUAAUUUACUUAAAGCAAAGACUAUAAAGAUAUACACACAUAUAUUUCUAAAGAAUUUGAUGUAUUCAAAUCCUAUUUUGAUUCAAUCUAUGAAAAAAUUAGUAUUUAAAUUCAAUAAAGACCAAAAAUAGAUGAAGCUAUUAAAUAAGCUAUUAACAAUAACUUUAAAUAGAACAAUCAAUAAAUAUUAGUCAAAUGCUUAGUAGAAUACUCAAAAUUAUUGAUUGAAACUCUUAAAAAAAUAAAUGCUUAAGAUCAAGUAAUUCAUAUAUAUGUAUAUAUAUUAAGAAUCGAUAAUAAUGGAUUCAUGCUGAUAGAGUGUUAGACUGUAUUCGAUUAGAAGAAACUUUUUAAUUUGAUGACAAAAAUACAAAUUAAUAAUUCAAUUUCAAAUAAUAUUAUGAAAAUGACAAUCUAUUAGAAAUAGAAGCUUUAUCUAAAAAAGUGUUGUUAAAGUUUGAGAGACUUAAAUGAAUUAUAAUUAUCUGAUCA